AUGCUGAGUCAGACAAGAGGACUUUACAUCACUUCGAUGAUUUCGGCAUCGCUCAUUGAGAUUGCUGGCACAGUUAGGAAAGACGGCGAUCAUAUGCUGCUCGCGGUGGCGAUCCCGUAUCUUCUGUGGUUCAUUCUGUUCAUUCUCUUCGUCUGGUCAUCGACCUAUGAGAUCGCCAAGGAGUCUGAGUUUCUCAUGUUCAUGUUUGUCCUUUCUACACACCCCUCCUCAGGCCAUAACUAA